AUGUCGACGACCAUCAACACCAGUGCGGGAACCAAGCCCGUAGACCCCUACAAGGCCAAGAGCUUCGAGGACCCUCCGUUGCCUCAGAAGGUUGAGGAUCUCGCCAAGUUCAUUAAGGAGGUCAAGUAUGGCAUGUUGACGACGAAGUUGUCAUCUGAUUCGGAGCUGCUCACAUCGCGAUGUAUGGCAUUGGCUGGCCAGGAGAACGGCGGCGUCGACCUUAUCUUCCACACGAAUCUCUUCUCUGGCAAGACCAUGGACCUGACGGUCCACCCACAAGAGACUAAUGUCUCCUUCCUCGAUCCGGUAUCUGGUGCGUGGGCAUCUGUGUCUGGUACAGCCUCGAUUAUAGCAGACCAGAACACCAUCAGUAAAUACUACUCUCCUCAGCUGAAAGCAUGGCUUGGGGACCUUGGCGAUGGCGUGCAUGACGGAGGCCCUACUGAUCCCCGCAUCGGUGUUAUCAAGGUCGAGGCCAAGCUGGCGACCUAUAUGCACCCUGACAAAGGUGCCCUUGGAAGGGCCGUGGAAACCGUGAAGGGGGCAGCCAGUGGAGAGACCCCGUCGUAUAACAAGCUGCGGGAGCUCAGCCAGGAAGAAUUGGCUGAAUGGCGUCGCACUCACAAGAACUGA